AAUUACAACCCAAACAGAACACUCCUCGCGGGCAGGAUUUAAGAGUAUGAAAACCUGGAAACGAUGCUGCAGCCCGAAUUGAUCCGACUUCUGACAGAUGGGCGUUUGUUAGUAAAAAGCUGUGAUGAAGACUGUGAUGAAGGAAACACACAGGAGCCGAGGCAGAGGGAGGAAGAGGAGGGGAACCCGUUCAACUUCACCCCGCAGCUCAUCCACCUGCACAAGGAUCACGAGCUCUUUGAGGAUGGGGACAUUCACAGACACAUGUAUCUGCAGGACCUCUACGUCUCGCAGGAUGACAACAAGCCAACACUCAGUGUGUCAGAGUUUGCCUGCCACAUUUCUGGCUGCAGUGCAGUUUUCAGCAGUUUGGAGGAGUAUGAGCACCACUACAACUCCCUUCACAGACACGUGUGCUGCUCCUGCCGUCGCUCCCUGCCAAGUGCCCGGCUCCUAGACAUUCACAUUCAGGAGUGGCAUGACUCUCUCUUCACCAUCCUCGCCCAGAGGCAAGAUAUGUACCAAUGUUUGGUUGAGGGCUGUGGACAGAAGUUCAGGACCGGCAAACACAGGAAGGAGCAUCUAAUAAGAAUUCACAAGUAUCCUCCAGACUUCAGAUUUGACAAAACCAAAAAGGACAGAGGAACCCGGCAGACGAAGAGACAGCAGCAAAAAGACACAUCCAUGGAGGUUGUGGACGAUGUGUGCGAGUCUGAGGGUGUGUGCGAGGUUAUGUGUGAUGUGCCGACGGAUCAACCCGAGCAAGGGGAAUCCAUGGAGACGCAUGUGUGUGAGGAAGAAGCUGCUCGCAUGGCAAAGUCUGCCUCUACUGAGGAGCACGCCGAUCUUUCUGCUGCAGCUCACAGCACGGAGAAUACAAGCACCGAGCCACUAAAACCACGAUACUCCUACAGGAUCCCCACAACCGUGUGCUUCGGUCACGGUUCCGUCCGAGGCUUCAGAGGGAGGCGGGGGAGGAGGAAAUGAAACACCAGACUUCUGUUUUCAGUCCUUUUUAGAUAAAUAACUUUAUACCAUUGUCUUGUCACAGAAUCUAUUAACUGUCUCAUGUGUUGUUAACUUGAAAUAAAAUGUGAUA